UACUUGACACAUAUUUAACUGGACACACAGUGACCACUGGCCCGUACAGACGCUCGUGGUCAGGCACGAGCUGCUGUUGUUUUAGAUAAGUACAUUGUACUACUGUUAAAUGGCGAGGAAUACUCGGGCUCCAUAGGGUAAUUCUGUAUAUAACUGUGAUGGACAGACUGUACCAUCAACACUGUCUCUACUGACUUAAUACAAUACUAACAGGGCUAAAGACAGACAGAAGAAAUGGCAAUGUCGAGGAAAUCCAGCGCUAGUCAAGCCAGCCUCUGGAGCAAUGAACGAAGCAAACAAGAUGUAAUGGUUGUCAAGGAUACAAGGAGUCUGUGUGAAGACCUGAAAUACGUCAUUUCUGUCCCUGACCUGUGUGACGUCACCUUCCUCGUGGGGGAAGACCAGCUGCCUGUGUACGGAAUCAAAGCCAUUCUCGCAACAAGAAGCAGGCAUAUGUAUCAAAUUUUAUUAGCCGCAACUAGAGACGCAAAGAAAAAAUCGGAAAAGAAAAAGUCGACAAUUAAGAAAGCUUUUAAGAAAAUCCAGCACCUCCUCAGCCCGUCAUCCACCGAAAAGGUCAAGGCCAUGUAUAACAAUGAAGUCGUGCAGAAGCUAAAGGUGGAGGUGAAGAACUUUGACAUCACCGUGUUUGAACGGUUCAUGUGUUAUGUCCACUGUGGAACGGUAGCUGUCAAUAUAUCUAAUGUCGUCGGUUUGAUGAACGCCGCCCACACCUAUGAUUUCCCUGAACUUCGUGAUGCAUGCUGGGAGUUCGCUAACCAUUGCAUCAAGCCAGACACACUUUCCCUCCUCACGUGCUCAGCAAGAACGUACAUACACUUUAAGUACACGCGCAUGCUGAUGCAAAGGGUCCGACAAUUCCUUAACACGACACCGGAUAUUAUGAGCAAUUGUCCGGAGCUGUGCGGAGAACCGCAGACAGAAGAAUAUAUGCUUUAGAUCUCGGGGAAAAUCGAGACAUCUGUUCUACGUUUUCUUAUAAUUAACUGAUUAUUUUAACAACUUCGUGUCUGUGUGUAAAUAGAACUAAACCGACCUCUAAAGGACACGGAACCGUUGAUACACACGGAGUUGUACAUGUAGUGCUAUUGUGUGCCGACCAGGUGGGCGAUUUUAUAGGAUACCAAACAUUUAUUGUCAUUCACUCUGUGAAAUGAUAACGGUCUCUAUGUAUUUACCCGGCUUGGAGAUAUGAUAUUCAUUAAAGUAUAUAUCUCCAACUCAAAAUAGCUCCAUAUAUUGACAGCGGGGGACUGAGAACAUCUGACUCAAAGGUGUGCCACCCUAUAUCGUUCUAAUUAGUAGCGAGGCGGUGCUCAGUGAAGUCAUUUUUCAUCGAUUGUUCCGGUUAUUAAAGGUUAAUUACAAGAUGAGGGUUCCUGUUACAGCGAUCGGAACCCCCAUAUUGUACAUUAUAAAGAUAACUCUUAUAUCCCCUUGUAAUCUGAUCUGCGUUACAAUAUCGGCUGGGUUCACGUGUAAAUACAUAUAAGAUAUAAAUUGUACAUAUGUAACUACCUGUAUAUAUUGUCUAUAUGUUGAUAUUUGUGAAUUGUAUAUAUAGCUCCUAACAAUAGGAGUAUAGUAUUAAAGACAUAAUAUAAAACAUC